AAUGUGUUUUUCUCAGCUGUUAACUGCCAGAGGGUGACGAGUUGCUGGCUGGGGGCAGGAAGGAGGAGCAGGCGCUGCGCUUCCAGCUGGAAGUGGUGAGGGAGGACACGGCGGGGAGAUGGAGCAGCGCGGUAUUUUCCUUCACUCAAGUCCCUGCUCCCCCGGGAAAGCUUUAAUAUGAACUGAGGAGGAGUUUCAGUUGACUCGAGCCAAAAAACAUCUGCCAAAGUAUGCAGCAUGCUUCCUUUCACAUUUUCUCUUGCAGAUGGGGCUCCGCUGAACCCAGCUCUCCUCUUCAUCCUCACAUAAACAAAACCAUACGGAAAUAAGGCUUGAAUAGCCCUGAUAAGAAGCUACAGAAGCUCUUCUACAUCUCUGCAGUUUUAUCAGUGAGAAGAUUCAAAGCUAGAAACUCCGCCCUGUCGACAAUUGGUCUAUCAGUCAUGAAACGAAUUCUUCUGUUUUUUAUCCUGGCUGCUGCUGUUAUGUAUGGUAUACUGCACGGAAAUUUGUGGAGAAAUAACCUCUACUGGAUUAGCUUUUAUGGACAAACUUCUGUGAGGGCUCCUUCUUCCAAUGAGGCUAGUGGAGUUACCCAGCUGCUACCUACGGCUGUGGAGAGAAGGAACAUGCUAGACACAUGUCUCCUGAAACCAGCAUUUGAAUCUUUACUGGAUGUUGACAAAAUAUACCCAUUCCUGUGUGCCAACGAUUUUAUCAGAGCAGCAGAGUUCCAUGGAAGUGAUAAGUUUGAGCUACCUUAUGGAAUAAAGAGAGCAGAGCAAUUUUUUCGUUUAGCUCUUUCAAGACUGCAAAACUGUGGACUGUCCAAUGAAGAUGACAGCGUUUCCUGUCGACGGUGUGUUGUGGUCGGUAACGGAGGAGUACUUCGAAAUAAGACGUUAGGGGAAAAAAUUGACUCAUAUGAUGUGAUAAUAAGAAUGAAUAAUGGCCCUGUUAUAGGGUAUGAAGAGGAUGUUGGGAGAAGGACAACUUUCCGCCUUUCUUACCCAGAAUCCAUCUUCUCAGAUCCGAUCCACUACGACCCCAAUACAACUGUUGUUAUCAUCGUCUUCAAACCACGUGACUUAAAGUGGCUUUGGGAGAUACUAGGCGGUCAGAAAAUUAGUGCUAAAGGCUUUUGGAAGAAACCAGCUCUGAACAUGAUAUACAAAUCUAAUCAGAUCAGGAUUCUUGAUCCCAGCAUCACCAGAAAAACGGCUUAUGAUUGGCUUCAUUUCCCAACAAGGUUUCCCAAAAAAGAGAAACCCAAGCACCCAACAACGGGGCUAAUUGCCAUUACACUAGCAUUUCACAUUUGUCAUGAAGUUCACCUGGCAGGCUUCAAGUACGACUUCACUGACAGAAACAGUUCUUUGCACUACUAUGGCAACGAUACAAUGUCUCAGAUGAUGCAGAAUGAAUACCAUGACAUCAGCGCUGAGCAGAAAUUUUUGAAGAAGCUUAUAGACAAGAACUUCGUGGUCAAUUUGACAUGAAAGAUGGAAAAUAUGAAGAACAAUCACUAUUUUCAAGAUUCAAAAAAAUUUUAUUUUUUUGUAUGACACUUUUAUUUUUUAAGUGCAACAUAACUGUUUACUGUUUAAAAGGAGCACAGAAACCUCACAAGGCAGAAGCUUCUUCUAAGCCUGAGGAUAAUGGACUGUUGCAAACAGAGAACUGAAUUUCUGUGAAGUUAUUUAAUACUGGGGAAAAACAUGACACUUUCAGCUGAAAGUAUCAGGGAUAUAGAAAAAAAAAAUGUGAUCCACAUGACUUAUUUAUCAGCAAGAACUUUUUCCAACUGUUUAAUUCUCUGGAAUAUCUUCCUUUCUAACAUUGUCCUCCAAAAAGGUUACACUGUCAAGAGACUGCGAAGAGCGUUUAGGUAAUGGAUGUAAAGUCUUGAAUCUCUUGUAAUCUGAAAGUGGCUUUAAAAACAAUGCCUAUAAAUCAUUACCGUGUCUGGGAGAAGGGGAAACAUACAGAGCACACAGGCUUAAGCCUGUCCUACUCCUGAGCAGAGAACAUCAUCUUCAGUGAAGAAGCCACAGCCUGCAUUGGUCAUCUACUCUGAACUGCUGUCUGCAUGUGCCAAAGGUGAAUACCCUUUGGUCUGAUUUGUGGAUUUGUUGGUAUUGACAAUGCUUGUGUUGUAUCCAGUUUAUGGAAAAACAUACACCCUGUGCUGUGCUUCCAAUAAAUUUUACAAGUUUUGACUUCUCUUAGAAAAAAGGGAGUUUGAAGACUGAAGAUUUGUCUUAAUUACUUGUCUGUUACUUCCUGCAAACCACAAAAGGAAUGUGAGCUGGGACAGAGAUGCAGAGUGUAUCUUCCUGUUCACUUGUCAAGUAUCAAGAUAAUUUUUCCAGACUAGCAUAAUCCCCUUUUUCACAUGCUGUAGUGAAUAUCCGACUUUGAAAUGCAUCAAUGUGAACAACUGUUCUUAUUUUUGAUAGUGGAGCAUGCUGGGGAACGUUCAAGAUGUACAUCAGCUGAAUUAUCAUUUGGCUUCUGCUAAUCUUUUCCAUUUUUACUUUUAGAUUUAAAGAAAGUGGCUGAACUAAAUUAGCAGUGGGAAUUUACAUGGGAUUUUAUGAAAGUACUUAAUGGGAUGGUUACAUUUCCUGUAUUGAUUUUUGUCUCAGACAGGCCUGCUGAAUUAGUUAAAUUUGUUAGGGAAUGACCUUGACAACUAUCAAAGAUUAACUGAAAAAGUGAAAUGCCAUUCUAAUUCUUUCAUAGGAUAUAUAUACAUGUUUAUCUUCUUUAUUUCGUCAGGUUUGUUUGAAGAUUUUUUGGUUAUCUUGAUCAAUCACACCUAAAGAAAGCACAAAAGUCUGCUUCCAAAAAAAACCACAAACAAAACAGACAAACAAACAAAACAAAAAACACCUCUUCAAUGUUGGUAGAAAAAAAAUCAUGAGCACAGUAUCAUCUUUUUCAGGAGCUGAGGAUUACAAGUGUACUGAACAGCAACAUAGAAGAGUAAGCAUGACCAGAAUCAGAGUCAGAGUGACCAGAGAUCAGUCUCAUCCUUUUCCCAUUUCUCUUGCAGCGUGCAAUAGGUAUCUGAAAACUGCCUGUAGUUCUCAUCUUUUUCUUUAGCACUUUGGUUCUGCAGUUGGGAAUUGCUGAGUGCAGCAUGACUUGCAGGCAAACCUCACCCAAAGAAGAGGUGCCUUUUGCUGCAUGGUAUUUUCACUUAAUGACUCCUGACUUCUGUUUGGUUUCAAGCAAAUUGGAUGCAUUCAAAAUAACUGAGGAUGUCAUUAAAAUCUGCAUCCCCCUUGUGGUACAGGCAGUGCCAUGAGUGUGGCAGUUCAGCCACCUCAAGUGAUCCUGUGUGGGGUCAGUCCUUGUCCAGCUGGGUGCAGGGAGGGGAGGGGCAUGCCAGAGGUGCUGGGGGCAGCGGGGCAGGUGUCUGUCCUGGCAGAAGUGUGGGAAACCAGAAUUUCUUCACAAGGUGGUGGAAGGAGUCUUACUCAGUUAUUCUUGUGUAUAGCCUUCCCCCGUCCCCUUUUAACAGGCACAUUUCUGAGGCUUUGAGAAGGGCUCUGCUUAAAAAUCUGAACAGGAAUAGGUAGGGUUAUGCACCAGAAGGCAGUGAUACUACUAUUUUUAGCUCUACCAUAAUGUAUUUCUCAUGAUUAUUUCAGUUAGUAAGUUUUGUACAUGACUGUAUAGCACCAGACCUGCAGCGAUUUAAACUACUGACAACAGCAACUCCCCAGGAAAACAAAAAUCCAAGGCAAGGUUUUUCAUAAAGCUCACAACACUGACCUUUCUUUGCAUGGAAGCCCCUAGCAGAUGUCUCACUGUGCCGAGGGCAGAGCCAGGCAGAGGUGGGUGCAUCCCCCCUAGGAACCUGGGGUUGCUCCCAGAGCCAGCCCUGGCUCCCCCAAGUGUUGUGGGGUGCCCCGCUGCUGUGGACUGGAUACCAGGGUAUGGGCUCGUCCACCUGACAUCCCACACCACGCUGACUGCAAGGACUUCUGUCCAGGAGAGCUGUUGCGUUUGCCAUCUCUGUGCAGUGUCUGGUUCUUGUGAUGGUGCUGGCUGUGUUUGUUGUUUUCCAUGUGAUUAGUGUGCUGUCUACCGGCAUAUAUCCCUAUCAGCUGCUCCUGCUUAUUUCUUUUUAGUAAGUCUCCCCACUUGAAUAUCUUUCUCUUUUUGGCAAUUAAACAGUACUCCUGUGGAUGUUUUUUCCCCGCUUCUUUUUCUCCUGCAGGAAAGUUUGAGUCAGUGUAGGCUGAGGUUGCCCUCACAGGAGGGUGACUCAGUAAAGGUUAGAGCCAGGCCUGUUUGCUCAGGCCUGAGCCAAGAGUUAACGCUAUUGAUAAACCGUAGGGCAGUGUUUUUUGAAAGCACAGCCUGCUGGCCACCAGCUCUUAUCUUCAAUAAUAAGCUGUGAGCUACCUGAUUCAUUGGUUUUCCCCUGUAAGAUGUUUUGGUAGGGUUCUGUGUAUGCUAGCACUGCUUUGUCAGCCUCACUUCAUGAGGUUGUUUUGUGCUGUUCUGCCUUGAGAACAGUUACUGCUUUUACACGGACUUGAUGUAGGCAGGAAUAACGCUGUGUACUCCGUCAGUAAUGUCUACAGAUCAUGGUGUCUAUUUUAUCUGGGCACAGGUUUUCAAAAGUAGCUUGCAAUACUAAAGAUUAGGCUUGGGACUUUAUUAAUUAAAAAAGAAAUAAUAAUAAUAAAAAAGCAAUAAUGCUUACUCUGACUAUUUCAAUCUCUUUGAGAAUGAGUUGAUAUUAAGAUUUUCUCUUCCCAUUUUUGUCAUUCCUAAAGGCAAGGGUUCUGCACUGAAAUGUUAUUGUACUAGCUGCCCAUUACGUUGAUCACAUCAUCAGUGGUGAAGCUGCCACGUUUAAAUCCCAGGUUGCUGCAGGCCUUAUUUCCAUGUCUGGUAACAGCAUAACUAUGUAGGUGCCAGGUACCUUAUGUGAAGUGUAUUUCUGUAUCAGUUGCAGAUGGUUUCACCAUUGCUUCCUCCCUUCACAUUCUCCAGCAGUCUGCUGAAAUUCAAGCCAGCAGCAUCUUGCAGCAGACGUGCUCCUGCAUUUUAUCUGCCCCCCUGUACAAUAAUGCUCCACCAUCAGAAAGACCCAGCUCUAAAGUACCAACACGUACACACAGACACACACACACAGCCAGGUGACUUGCAUCAGCCAAAGUUCUGUUUGGCUCAGACUUUUAGGGUGCCUGUUUGUUUUUGUCGGUAUCUUUUCCUCUACUGUAAUAAUUAAGGGAAGUUCUGAGAUAUGAUGUAAGAAGGAAGGUGAGAAAUUAUUGCACUAAAUAUGAAUUUGAGAGUGCUUGAAAGAUUAAAAGAGUGCUUAAAACAAAACCAUGUUCCAGUGGCUCUGUGUUGAGAAUAAUGCAGAAUCACAAUGUUGGUGUUUAAUAAUUAGUGUAUGGUAUUUCUUGUAUCCUACGCCAUGUUUCUCUUUUUAACAGUGCCCUGGCAGGUAAUACAACACCUUAACUUUUAAGCGGAGUCUGAUUUUUAAGAACAUUAGAAAGCUCGACGUCGGUUUCUGGUGUAGGUAAUUAUUUUAUUUGCCAUUUUUCUUAAGUUUUAUAUGCCUUUAAAGUGCCAACUGUAUUUUGAAGACAUUCUUAGAGUUUUUCAAGUGAAAUUUUGAAUGCUACAAAUGGAAAAAAAAUAUUUUUCUGUGAAUAAAUUGUGUUAAAGA